UAAUGUCCGAAACAAAAGUUAUAUCAACCAUUCAAACAAGUGUGUAAGUGAACACUGUACAUAAACUAGCAAAAUUAUAGUUCAAGCAGAUUUGAAACUCCAUGAUCAAUUCAAGAGUUAAACAAGCUACCAUAACUCUUCCAACACUCAGAAUUCACAAUCUUGCACGAUUCAGAAUCCCAAUUUUCCAGUCCCAACCAUACCACAGUCAUCAUCGUUUUCACAGACACAAUUCAAAAUCUUCAGCUGAAACUCAAAAGCCUCAUAACACCACAAGAAACCUUCUUCGCAAACCAAUACCACUCCUUGCAGACCUCAAACAAAUCCAAGAUCCUGAUGAAGCUAUUUCACUCUUCCAUUAUUAUCAACAAAUGGGGUUCAAACAUGACUACCCAACUUAUUCUUGUCUUGUUUAUAAGCUCGCAAAGUCUCAAAAUUUUGAAGUUGUUGAAACCCUUCUUGGAUAUCUCCAAACUCAUCAUAUUCGAUGUAAAGAAACACUUUUUAUUGGGUUAAUUCAACACUAUGGGAGAGCCCAGUUAGUUGAUAAAGCUGUUGAGCUUUUUCACAAAAUUGGGUCGUUUAAUUGUUCGCCUAGUGUGCAGUCUUUUAAUGCAAUUCUGAAUGUGCUUGUUGAUAGUGGACGUUCUGAAGCUGCUAAUGAGAUGUUAAGGAGUUGUUCGAAAAUGGGUAUCUGGUUAAAUUCUGUUUCGUUUAACAUUAUUAUCAAGAUGUGGCUGAAGAAGGGUGAUUGGGAAAUGGCUCGCCAACUGUUUGAUGAAAUGCUUGAAAGAGGGGUUGAGCCAACAGUGGUUACUUACAAUUGUCAAAUUGGGUUUUUGUGUAAGAAGGGGGAUGUUGAAGAUGCUAAAAGUCUGUUUCAGGAUAUGGUUAGAAAGGGAAAGAAGGCAAAUGCAGUGUCGUAUGCUUUGCUGAUGGAAGGUUUAUGUUCUUUAGGGAAGUAUAAGGAGGCUAAGAAGUUGAUGUUUGAUAUGGAAUACCAAGGAUGUAAGCUGAAAAUAGUCAAUUAUGGUGUUUUGAUGACUGAUCUUUUGAAACGAGGGGAAAUUGGUGAAGCAAACAGUUUACUUGUGGAGAUGAAAAAAAGGGGCAUUAAAUUUGACAUUGUGAUCUAUAACAUGUUGAUUAAUUAUUUUUGUAAAGAAGGUAAAACCGCUGAGGCCUAUAGGAUGUUAGUUGAUAUGCAAAUUGCAGGCUGCUGUCCUAUUGCAAUUACAUACAGAAUGGUGGUUGAUGGAUUUUGUAAAACAGGAGAAUUUGAGGAAGGUUUGAAAGUUUUGAAUGCAAUGUUGAUGAGCAGGCAUUUUCCACGUAUGGAAACAGUAAGGUGUUUGAUUCUUGGUCUGCUUGAUAAAGGGAAGGUUGAAGAUGCUUGCUUUGUUUUGGAGGAGAUGGAGAAGAGGAAGAAAAAGUUCAAUUUUGAUUCAUGGGAAGUCAUUGUCAAGGAUUCUUGCACUAGUGAUAGGAGUGUAAGCCAGCUCUUAGAUGAGCUUGUAUUUUAGCUAUUCGAUUUAGAUCCAUUACUUUGUCAAAUCUAAGAAUAGAUAACCGCAUAAGACAGUGACAUGAUUCUUGGUUUAUAGAGUUGGGCAUGCUUAAUGGAAGCAAUUUGGCUUCUCAAUAUCUGAUUAAACUUUUUAUGGACACUGUAAACAAAAUCUCUGAAUGUAUUAACUUAAUUUUUUUGGUGAUAUCAUCUUGUUUUCUAGUUUAAUAAUUUGAAACAGAAAAGGUACUUUAUUUGUUUCAAUCUAACCAUCUGAUAUUUGGUAAUCAUUAUACUGAGUAAUCCAAGUUUGUGCAGUAUAGAGUCCAUUUAAGGAUAAUUUCAAGAAGGGCUUUUCUGCUUGAAACAAAGAAGAUGAAAAGGCACCACUGAUCACUCAUUCGUUACGAGAUAAACGAUGCAGUGUUUCUGGACAAAUGAUUAACAAGGAGAAGUCUUCAUUCUUUAGGCUUCUCAGAACAUGAUUCAGGGAAUCAAGAUAUUGACAACAUUUCAGCAAUAAAUUUCCCUUUACAUAUCUUGGAAGGAAGAAGAUUUACUUCCUCAAUAAUAUGAUCAACAAAGUUACCAACAGAGUCCAAGGAUGAUUUUGGUAUGGAUGAAAAUAUUUUCUAGAAAAAUGAGUGUUUUCAUACUUAUUUUGUUGUGUUCAGUAUGCAAGUAAAAAGUAUUACCCGAAGAGUAUUUGUGUAUAUCUAAGACAAAACUAUGAGGAUGGGAUGCGACAAGACUAUGUGGAUGCUUUGAAGUGAAACUGUAAAAUAUGUGUUAACAAUGAGAUUUACAAUAACACUAAAAGAGUUUUAGCUACCCAUUCAAGAACCAUUGGAUCAUUUAUCCAUUGUGUGCUCUAUGUUAAUUUUAUACAAAUACCUAUUGAUUUCUA